AAAUACAAUUGACAAACACUUAAAAAAUUAGAUGCUGUUAGAACGCCAAGAUCAUGACAUAUAUCUUAUACAGACCACAUAUGGUAGGUAUAUAGCAUUGUGAGAAGCCAUCAUCAAGAGACGCAAGCAACAUAACAGGGAAGAAGCACAGACAGAUUAAGAUGCCGGAAUAUUGUGUAACUGGAGGCACAGGGUUCAUAGCAGCAAACCUAGUAAAGUCGCUACUUGAAAAGGGACAUACUGUACGUGCUACUGUUCGAAAUCCAGAAAAUGAAGAGAAGGUAGGAUUUUUAUGGGAAAUGAAGGGAGCAAAAGAAAACCUCAAAAUCAUGAAAGCAGAUUUGAUGGAGGAAGGAAGCUUUGAUGAAGCUAUCAAAGGUGUUGAUGGUGUUUUUCAUGCUGCUGCUCCUGUGCUUGUGCGAUAUGAUGAAAAUGUCCAAGAAAAUCUGAUUGAACCUAGUAUAAAUGGAACUUUGAAUGUCCUAAGAUCAUGCAUAAAGGCUACUACUGUUAAAAGGGUUGUAUUUACCUCUUCAUGUUCUGCUAUAAGAUACCGCGAAGACGUCCAGCAUAUUUCCCCUCUUAAUGAGUCUCACUGGAGUGAUUCCGACUACUGCAAAAAACAUAAUCUUUGGUAUGCAUAUGCGAAGACAUUAGCUGAGCAGUCAGCAUGGAAGAUUGCCAAAGUAAAUGGUCUUGAUUUGGUGGUAGUGAACCCAUCAUUUGUCAUUGGUCCCUUAAUUGGACCGCAACCUACUAGCACACUGCUGCUACUGCUUGGGAUCAUUAAAGGUGCAAUAGGUGAAUAUCCGAACCAGGAAAUAGGGUUUGUGCACAUUGAUGAUGUGGUAGCAGCACACAUUCUGGCCAUGGAAGAAAGCAAGGCAUCCGGGAGGCUGAUUUGCUCAAGCGCAGUAGCUCAUUGGUCAAAAAUCAUAGACAUGCUGAAAGCUAAGUAUCAAAGCUAUCCAUGUGAAAAAAUGUGUGGAUCUCAGAAAGUAGAUGACAAGCCUCAUAGCAUGGAUACUAGCAAGAUUGAACAACUGGGAUUUCCUGGCUUUAAGACAAUUCCUCAAAUGUUUGAUGACUGCAUCAAAAGCUUCCAAGAUAAGGGCUUUCUUUAAUGCUCUUAUCUGUCUGCUAUUUCAGUUAAGCAUUUACAGUCAGUACAAGUAUAGUAGAAUCCUAAUUAUUUGAAUAACUAAACAUUGUUUUUCUGCUUCUGAUUAUACGAAGAUGAUUAGUCACGUAUUGUACUAGAAUAACAGAGACUUACUGUUCCCUGAUGUCAGAAUGUCUCUUUACAAGAAUAUUUGAAAUUCACAUACUCGAUCUCAUC